UCAACGCACCGCCGUUCCCAUUGAAUAACAAUUUUGCUACGUUUCGUCGGUGCUGACGUUCCCCUGGACUCGGAACUGAGAGAGACCUGGAGAAGCAGGAGCCGGAAGUCGUCUUAUUUUGAACUCGUGUUUCCGGUCGGUUUCGCUCGCAUCGCGCUCAGAGAAGAUGAACGCGCCUCCCGCUUUUGAGUCGUUUCUGCUGUUUGAAGGCGAGAAGAAGAUCAGCAUCAGCAAGGACACGAAAGUCCCCAACGCCUGUCUGUUCACCCUCAACAAGGAGGACCACACGCUGGGCAACAUCAUCCGAGCUCAGCUGUUGAAGGAUCCUCAGGUUCUGUUUGCUGGUUACAAAGUUCCUCAUCCUCUGGAGCACAAGAUCGUCAUCAGAGUGCAGACCACACCUGACUACAGUCCACAGGAAGCGUUUACAAACGCCAUCACAGACCUGAUCAGUGAGCUGUCUCUGCUGGAGGAACGCUUCAGAGUCGCCAUCAAGGACAAACAGGAAGGGAUUGAGUGAUGCCCCAUCCCUCCUGAUGAAGUCACUUCCGGUGUCUAUUUGUUUAUUUUUACAAAUAAAGUCUGGGAUGUCACAACCUG